AUGGAACCACCGGCUAAGAAGAGGCCGCGGAGAAAUGACGAAAGAGUCAUACUGCAAUUUGACUACGACUGCUUCUACGCGCAAGUUAUUGAGAAUAAAAACCCGCUUCUCAAAUCAAAGCCCGUUGGAGUCAAGCAAAAGAACAUCUUGGCUACAUGCAACUACAAUGCUCGCGCUCGCGGCGUGAAGAAGCUCAUGCUCAUCACGGAAGCUAAGAAGGCAUGCCCAGACCUCGUCUUAGUGGACGGUGAAGACCUGACGUCCUUUCGAGACACAAGUAAAAUAUUGUUCAAUUUUCUCAAAUCGCAUUCCUGGAAUGGAAAGGCAGAGAGACUCGGGUUUGAUGAGGUGUUCCUGGAUGUCACAGAUAUUAUUGACUAUAACUUGUCGUGCCUAAACAAGUCUUCAUUAGAGUCUUCUUUCUUCUUCUUGUCAAACAAAGACCCCGAACUCGGGUUUGCGUGCGAUUUAUCGUCUGUCGCCGGCCCCACGAUGGGUGACGUCCCAACCAAGCAGCAAACGGAGGAUUUAACCUACCUGCGGCUUCUGCUUGGAUCCCAUUUUGCAAUGUAUCUACGAAACAAGUUGGAAAAAGACUUUGGGUAUACAUCAACCUGCGGAAUCGCCACCAACAAGGUUCUCAGCAAGCUCGCUGGUUCCAAAAACAAACCAAGCAAUCAAACGACACUUCUGUCCUUGUCCGAAGACGCCAUUGCAGCUUUUAUGGACCGGCAUAAGCUUCGGCAGGUGCCUGGACUAGGAUUUAAAAUGGUGCAGCGUAUAGAAUCUCACAUCACGCAACAGCAGAAGCAAGACAUGGACAUCACACAGUUCGAUUCUGUUCUGCACGUGGGUGAGGUAAAGAACCACGCAGACAUCAACGCAGCCUUCUUAGAGAAGCUCCUUGCCGGACCUGGAGCUGAAAAGGGAUGUGGAGCUCGUGUAUGGGGACUGUUGCAUGGCGUCGAUGCAAGUGAGGUCAAGGAAACGGGCGAUGUGCCCUCUCAGAUCAGCAUUGAAGACACCUACAAAGGGCUAGAAACUCUACCCCGCAUCACUGAAGAGCUUUUCAAACUAUCUUGUUCACUUAUUCGAAGAAUGCGCAUCGACUUGAUACAUGAAGAAGAUGGCCCAGAGGGAUUUAGCCGGAAAUGGCGAGCUAGGCCAAAAACGCUGCGAUUGUCCGUCCGCUGGUGGUCGGUACACGGAGCGAGGAACGGCUCCGAUUUUAGUCGUGUAUCAAAGUCCAGUCCAUUGCCCAAGUUUGUCUUUGAUAUUGACGAGGAUAUGGAGGAGCAGGCCCAACGGCUAGUAUCUGAAACCCUGCUGCCUCUUAUAAGAAAGGUACAGGCUGAGCAGGACCGACGAUGGAACCUACAGCUUAUAAACAUCUGUGUUGCAAACAUGGAAGCAACCGCAGCAGAUGAUAAGCAUGGUAUUGGAAGAGAUAUCUCUGUCAUGUUUAAGCGCCAAGAUGAAGUGCUGCGUCCCUGGAAGAUCACGGACAGCCCACCCGGGGAUAAGCGCCCCGAGGUUGUCCCAGUACAGCCGGCCGAACUUGAGUUAGAGGAAGAGUUUGAAUGGGAAGAUGCCGUGGGUGACAGCUGUCACCUAUGUGGCAAUUCAAUCCCCGAAUUUGCAAAAGAGGCGCACAUGCGAUUCCAUCAAAUGGCAACCGACACACCGGUCUAG